CCAGAGCAGAGACAACCUUUAGCUCCGGAGCUCCGCGGCGCAGGCACCAUGGCCCCCCGCGGACCCACAGCCUCUACCGCCGGGAUCCCGACGCUUCUCAACGCGAGGACAUGACGCCCGGACUGGGAUAGUCGUGUGUUUGGCUCUGGGACAUUUGGAGAGACUUGUGGAGGCGUCAGGGCAGAGUUUUGGAGGACGUUAGCGCCGUUAGCCUCGUUAGCUCCGUUAGCUCCGUUAGCUCCGUUAGCCUCGUUAGCUCGGAGCUCCGGCGCUUAUAUAAACACAGCGGGCGGAUGUGCCGCGGCUCGCCGGGUAAACAACACCGCAGCCCGGCCUCGGAGCGGACACCCGUCGCUUUAUGACGGUGGAUCUAAAGUAGCACCUUUUUAUUUUUAGUUUAUUUAGUUUUGUAGAAGUUAAUGAGGCAGAGUAAAAGAAAAUGUAAUCUCCUUAAACAGAGGCUCAGCCCGGAGGAUCUAAACUCUGCUCACUCGAAAAACACAUUUAGAUUCAGCAGAAGUUUUCUUUUAUUAUUAUUAUUAUUAUUUUUAACAUUUUUGUCAUUUUCUAAACCCGCGGAGGAACCGAAGCAGUGCUCGGUUCAUCUGGGCCAACUAAAAGAACAGAAUCGAACCGGGGAGAGUGGCCCGUGAAGAGUCCCCGGGCCACAGCAGAGACAGUCGGGCUCCAGUCGGGCUCCAGUCGGUGCUGACCGCGGUGGUCGUGUGACUGACCCGGGUCCGAGCCUUCUUCACCGGCGAUGGAGGCUGGGGCCGAGCGACGCGCAGAGCCACGACACAAGCUGAAAUAAAAACCCGCUCGACAGAGACAUGGAGACCGGGCUCAUGAACCACCAGGGCCCGGCCGAGGUGUUCAUCCACCCGCUGUCCAACCCGGGGGCGGCGGGGAUCUGCCCGGAGAUGCUGGAGGUGGCGGAGGAGGCGAACCGGGCGGGGGACUACGAUCUGGCCGUGGAGAUCUACAGCUCCCAGCUCCAGGACCUGCCGCAGCCGGACCGGGGCUUGUGUCUGCGGAAGGCCGACUCUCUGGCCAGGGCGGGUCGGAUCUCGGAGGCGCUGGAGUCGUACUGCACCGCGGCGGGGAUCAGCAAACUGCAGCCGCACGAACUGCCCCUGCUGGUGGAGACCAUCGCCAAGAGUCUGCGGGAGAAGGAGCUGGGCAUCCCGUGGGCCGCGAGUCACGGCCACGGGGGCACGGGGGAGGACGGAGAGUGCCCGGAGGAGGACGAGGCCCUGGACCUGUUCUCGUGCCGUUUGUGCCGGCGCCUCCUGCAGGACCCGACCACGCUGGAGUGCGGACACACGUUCUGUAAGCGGUGCCAGGACGAGCGCGCCGCCCAGGACUGCGCCCAGUGUAAAGCCAAAGCGCCGCCCGGCCCCUGCCCCCAGCGCCGCGUCAACGUGCUCCUCUGCGGCCUCCUCGACAAACUGUUCCCGUCGGAGAGCCGGGCGCGCCGGCUCUGGGUGGAGGCCGAGCUGCACUGGAAGAACAACAACCUGAAGGACGCCCUGGACAAGUUCAACGCCGCCGUGGAGCUCGCGCCCUCCACUGGACGGCUCCUGGUACAACGCGCAGAGCUGCACAUGGAGAUGCUGAACUACAGUCAGGCCGUGCAGGACGCCAGCGGCCUGUGUCGCAUCGCCCCCCACUGGACCAAGGCUCACUACCUGAAGGCCACAGCUCUGACUCGAGCGUCGCGCACGGACGAGGCGCUGCAGGAGUACUUCCUGUGUGUGGCGCUCAAACCGGACUGGACCAAAGCCAAACUGGAGGCGCAGAAGGUUCUGAGUGAUCUGUUCUCAUCGGUGUUCGAGCGCGAGGACAUGCCCACGCCCCUGCACCCGCUCCAGGGGGGUCUGGCCACCCGCCUCAUCAAACCCGCCGCUCUGCUGGGGUCCCUGAAGGCCCCCGGGCACCGAGCGGGGGGACCCUCCUCCUCCUCGUCCUCCUCUUCCUCACAGGACUCUGAGCUGAGCGUGAGUAAAACUGCUCCUCCUGAAGACUCCAGACUGACUCUGCCUCCGGGCGCCGACCCGCCGGACACGGGGCCCGGAGGCUCCAAGAGUCGGGCGGGCGUCCUGGCCGCUCUGCCCGCGCCCCCUGGUGGCCUUAAGAGGAAACACAGCGGAGAGGGGCCCUCAGGAGCCCCGUCGAAACUGCUCAAGACGGGAGGUGGUCAGGGGGCGCCGCUGUGCGGGGGCAGGCUGGUCCCGGCCGAGCUGCUGGACAGUGGAGACCUGGAGUGUUCUCUGUGCAUGAGGUUGUUCUACGAGCCGGUCACCACUCCGUGUGGACACACAUUCUGCCUCAAGUGUCUGGAGCGCUGCCUGGACCACAACCCCAACUGCCCCCUGUGCAAAGAGAACCUGUCCGAGUACCUCGCCAACCGCGGCUACAACAAGACGCUGCUGAUGGAGGAGGUGCUGCAGCGUUACCUGGGAGACGAGCUGGCGGACAGGAAGAAGAUCCACGAGGAGGAGAUGAAGGAGCUCUCCAACUUGAACCAGGAAGUGCCAAUCUUCGUGUGCACCAUGGCCUUUCCCACCAUCCCGUGCCCGCUCCACGUGUUCGAGCCGCGAUACCGACUCAUGAUCCGCCGCUCCAUGGAGACGGGCACCAACCAGUUUGGCAUGUGCAUCGCCGACGACCUCAAAGGCUUCGCCGACUACGGCUGUAUGCUCCAGGUGCGUGAUGUGAAGUUCUUUCCUGACGGCCGCUCUGUGGUGGACACCAUCGGAGUGUCUCGUUUCAAGGUCCUGAGUCACGGUCAGAGAGACGGGUACAACACGGCCAAGAUCGAGUACCUGGAGGACAAGAAGGUGGAGGGAGAGGAGCUGCUGGAGCUUCUGAAGCUCCACGACGCGGUGUACGAGCAGGCCAACAGCUGGUUCACCUCUCUGAGGGACAACAUGAAGAGCCAGAUCCUCAGUCACUUUGGGCAGCUGCCCGGCAAAGACCCCGACCCGCAGGCCAGUCCCAGCGGUCCGGCCUGGUGCUGGUGGCUCCUCGCCGUCCUGCCCCUGGAGAACCGAGCCCAGCUCACCAUCCUGGCCAUGACCUCCCUCAAAGACCGCCUCAUGGCCAUCCGCCGGGUCCUGAUCUUCGUCACCCGCAAGCGCUCGCGAUGAUCCCCACCGACGAGCUCCGCUCUGGGCCUCACGCCAGGCCCUGCGCCUGGUCCUGUGCAGGGCCCCGCGCCGGGCCUGGUGCCGGGCCCGGCGCCGGGCCCGCCGGGCCUGGUGCCGCUCACUCUGACCUCUGUUUUCUAUGCACCACUUCAUCUCCACACGCACAUGUGAACACACUCUUACCUCUUUUCCACCGUCACUGGGCCAAUGCAAACCUCCUGUUACACUGUGGACUCGUGCACUUCCAGGUGAUGCAAAUCCAGAAGAACCACACUGUCUGAGCUUCCUCGUGAAAACGGCUGCCGCAGAAGUGUCCUACACACGUGGACUCUGGACAAACUUUAGACCCGGAUCGACCAAAUCGUGUUGCUCUGACUUCCUCAGAUAAACAGUAUUGCCUUUACCUGAAGUAAAAAUCCCUGUUUUUACUCUUAAGACAGAAACCUGAGCGAUGGAGACUGAGCCAGGUGGAAAAGAGGUAACUGCACGAGCUCUGAGGCCUCCGAUUCUGCUCCUUCAGCUGUGCAAGGCCACAAAUAAAACCUGUAUUUCUUUUGGAAAAAUUUUGUAAUUUUGUCAGAAUCCCUAAAAACACAGAGCACUAGACACACUUUAAAACUCCAAAGCUUUAGUUCUUACUUAAAAAAACCUAAACCUGACCCCAACAGAAUUUGGACAAGUUUACAUUUAUAUUCAUGCCACUGAAAACUGUUCUGUCUGGAUCUAAACCUGGACCAAAGAAACCAGGACAAACCCUAAAUCAAAUACUUUUAGGAAAAAAAGAAAGACAAAACAGUUCUGACAACUCAAAAGCAACGGCCACGUUUACAUGAGAGCUUUAAUUCCAAAUAAAAAUAAAUUCUACUUUAAAUAGACCACGAUUAUUCUCAGUUAAACUUAACUCUGAAGUAAGUGGGUGGUUUAUUUCGACGUUAAAGCCGAGUUAAUUUAUUCCCUGAUUAUUUAAACGUUUAUUGUUCUUAAAAAUAAUCACACUCGUCGGGUCUGAGGCUCUGUGAGGUGGAGACCCGGAGCGAACGUUGUUACGCUGGAAGAACUACAAAUAAUAAAAACAUAAAAACAUGAACCUUUUCAAAGAGAGAGCGGAAAGGUUUGAAGGAGGAGGGUCCACGGACAGAAACGCCGCGCAAACGAGCGACAACGGUCGAAGCAGGAGCGCG